AUGGCGAUGGUGGAGUACCUGGCGUACCCCACAGGCACCGCCACGUUUAUCCUCCUCCAGAACACCUCCUCCAACACUACGGCCCCGCCCACCUCCACCCAACCCCAGCUGCUCCAGCCCGCCGACACCGCGGGCUCGGCGGCGUUCGCCUUGGCCUUCCUGUCCCCGCUCGCCCUCGCCACCGCCGUCCUCAACGGCGGUGUCAUGGCCGCCAUCUGCAGCACCAAGAAGCUGCACCUGCCCGCCAACUACCUCAUCUGCUCGCUGGCCUUCACCGACUUCUUGGUGGCGGCGCUGGUGAUGCCGCCGGCGGCGCUGUACGUGGCGUCGGGCGCCUGGCGGCUGGGCAGCGCGGCGUGUGAGGCCUGGCUCAGCGUGGACAUGACCUGCUGCACCUGCUCCAUCCUGCACCUCUGCGCCAUCGCCCUGGACCGCUACUGGGCCGUCACCAAGGCAACCGCCGAGUACGCCCGCAGGAAGUCGGCCCGCCGCGUGGCCCUCAUGAUCGCGGCCGCGUGGCUCGUCUCCGUCUUCAUCUCCCUGCCGCCGCUGUUCUGGAGACGCGGGGGCGGGCGUGCUGCGGUCGCCGUGGACGACGGCGGAGACGAGGGGCAGUGUGUGAUCAGGCACGACCACGUGGGCUACACGGUGUACUCCACGCUGGGGGCGUUCUACGUGCCCAUGGCGGUCAUCCUGGUCCUGUACCGGAGCAUCUACCGCGCUGCGAGGACGCUGUACCAGAAGAGGGGCUCCUCCUCCCGGAACCUGGGGAGCCAGAGCUCCAUGGACCGCUGCCGGGGGCAACAGCCGCCACAACCACAGCCGCCGCGGGCAUUCUGCGUGUCGGACGCCGGGCUGACGACCGUUGACACCCUGAGGGCCGGGGUGCGCUCCGUCUCGGACGGGGAGCUUACGGAGGGGCGGAGCCAGCAGGGUGGCGCGUCGCGGCGGGAGAGGAAGGCGGCAGGGAUCCUGGGUCUGAUCCUGGGGGCCUUUGUCCUCUGCUGGCUGCCAUUCUUCCUGAAGGAGCUGCUGGUGGGGCUGAGGCUUGCACACCCCUCCCCGCGGGUCUCUGACGUCCUGGCCUGGCUGGGCUAUGCCAACUCCCUGGUCAACCCCCUGCUCUAUACCAGCUUCAACGACGACUACAAGCGGGCCUUUAGAAAACUGCUCAGGAGGAAGGCCCACGCCUAAACUAAACUAAACUAAACUAAACUUGCUCCAUAAACAGGUCGAGGAAUACACUGGGGAUUCUGUGUUUUAACAGAACUAUAAAGACAUAUCAAGUCACUUGUGUUUACCUUUUAUAGCCCUUAAUAACAGUUACAGUGACUGCUUCAAAAUCCCAAUAUACGACAACCCCUUACCCUUAGCACUCCGAAGGACAGA